AGGAGUAAUAGAGAAAAGAGACACGAUUAGCAAAGAAGAAUGAGCCAGGUGAUGGUGUAAAAUAAUGUAAAUGUAAACUAAAUAGAUUGGAAAAAAUUGCAACUACAGAAGAUGCAAGUUAAAAUAUUAUGACAGUUUUUCUGUUUCUUUCUUUGUUUCUAUUUUAAUAUGACUUUGUAAAUGCCAUAUAUUAUCCUUUUGGAAUGCCUGAAUUUAUGACACUUGAGAAAAGAAACUCAGAGAGUUGCACUGAGUUAGUGAAAUUCUGAGUACAAAUUAUAUGAGCGAAUUUUUAGAGGCUGUUACCGCUGACUAGCAGAAUAUCGAAGGAGUUUAGGUGUCAGUAGCAACAUGUAUAUGGAUGAUCUCAAGAUAAUAGGUAUCUCAUACAGCCUUAUCUCCUUUAAUUCUCAUUUUUUUUCUUAUUCCUUAUUUUAUUAUUUCAUUGGUAGAAGUCAGCCAUGAGAAACCACACCACGGUAACAACCUUCAUUCUUCUUGGACUGACCGAUAACCCACAAUUACAAGUGGUUAUUUUUCUUCUCCUUUUUUUCACCUAUAUGUUGAGUGUCACUGGGAAUCUAACCAUAAUCACCCUCACCCUGUUGGAUUCUCAUCUAAAGAUACCCAUGUACUUCUUCCUCCGAAGCUUUUCAUUUUUAGAAAUCUUAUUCACAACUGUCUGCAUCCCCAAAUUUCUUGUCAGCAUGGCAACAGGUGACAAGACCAUUUCUUACAACAGUUGUGCAACACAGCUGUUUUUUACUACUGUCUUGGGUGCAAUCGAAUUUUUUCUUCUGGUUGCCAUGUCUUAUGACCGCUAUGUAGCCAUCUGCAAACCCUUGCAUUACACCACCAUCAUGAGUGACAGAGUCUGCAACUUGUUGGUCUUUGCUUCAUGGUUGGCCGGUUUUAUAGUAAUUGUCCCACCACUCCUUGUGGGUCUCCAGCUAGACUUCUGUGCAGCCAACACUGUAAAUCAUUUCUUCUGUGAUUUUACUCCUAUAUUACAGCUCUCUUGCACAGACACAGCUGUAAUAGAAUUAAUGGCAUUUCUCUCAGCCAUUUUGACACUCCUGGUUACACUGGUAUUAGUGAUUCUCUCCUAUGCAAACAUCAUCAGGACUAUUCUGAAGAUACCUUCUUCUCAACAGAGGAAGAAAGCCUUUUCUACAUGUUCUUCUCACAUGGUGGUUGUGUCCAUUUCUUAUGGCAGCUGCAUCUUCAUGUAUGUGAAGCCUUCUACAAAGGAGAGAGUGUCUUUAAAUAAAGGGAUAGCCUUGCUCAGUACUUCUGUUGCCCCCAUGUUGAAUCCCUUCAUUUAUACACUGAGAAACAAACAAGUGCAAGAUGCUUUUAGGCACAUGCUCAAAAAGAUUAAGAUUUUCUCAAGUAAGUGA